AUGCCUAUCAAUAACAACCUCCCCACCGUCGUCCUUAUCGUCGGUGUCCAGCACGUUCCGAGCUCUUACGCUUCGUUUGUGAUGAUGAUCCACAACAGAGGUCAUGAAGUCCGGAUUCUGCGGCUCCCCGCGAGGCAAGACCUCCGUUCCAUGGUCCACCGGUCCAUGGAGAGACUAAUCGCAACCGGCCGGAAGGUAAUUGUAUUGCUGGACACAUACAGUGGCCAGUUCAAAAUCAAAUUCCUGUUCGGGCUGGGCGUCAAGAGGCGCAGAGCGCAGGGUCUCGCUGGUGGGAUCAUACGCGUGUUCUACAUCCAGGGCUUUGCGGUCGCCCAGGGAGGUGGCUCGUCUACAUCUACGCCACGGAGGGAUCGACGGUACCGUGGGCGGCCUACUCCUACCCGGAGAUGUCUGUGCAGACCAUGCAGGAGAAUGGACACUAAGCGGGACCUUGAGCGCGUGAGAAGGGCUCGUGCCCCAACUGUGAUGCGGAAUCGGGCAGGAUUGUCCAUGGGUUUGCGAGUGGCAUUCAGAGCCUUGUUCCUCUUCGCUUUCCUCUAUGCCGUGGGUUGGUAA